UGCAGCCUGUGUCGUGCUAUAAAACUUGUGGCAGCGACUAUAGCGAGCUCAGUCGAGGCGAGCGCGCCAACCCGCCAUUACUACCCAGUGCUGCCACCAUUACAAACAUGCGCGUUCUACUCCUCAGCAGCCUGCUCGCUGUGGCCACAGCGCGGCCGUCCUUCAUCGCGGUGCCGGCAGACCAGAUAGCCUUCGUGGACCUGACGCGCCUGCAUGUCCGCGUACCCCGACAGACGCUCGCCCCGCCGCCGCCGCAGCUGCCACAAGCAUUGUAUAACGAGGAAUACCAGCCCAUACCCGUGCAGGAGUACCCUCUACCUAACCUCUACCCUAACCAGGAGUACCAACCUCAAAACCUGGCCCCGCCGCCGCCUCCGGAGCCGAUUCAUCAGGCAAGAGUGGUAACCCUGCAGCAGCAGCCUCAGGAUGUGCACCAAGCCGCCACUCUUGGGGCCUCAGCACGCCUGGCCGAGAGGCCCCCAGACUUCGGAGAAUACGUCGACUUCGGGGCCCACACCGGCGACAACGGGGCCUUCGGAUGGUACGCUGACUUCCCAGUGAACAACCACGAUGACAGCUCAGGAUAUAGGAAGUAAAACAGACAAAGAAUCCAACAGGAUUUCGUCCUUUAUAUUUAUACUAAAAUAACUGAGCACUUGCCAAUUCUAGGCUUUUAGCACACGAAUUUAAAUCUUACCAAAGACAGUAUUACUUUGUAGUUUGAAAUGUUAGUUAAUAAAGCAGAAUUACCGCACAUUUGUUCAAAACGGUUAAUUCCGCUAAACAUUUGUUUUAUUGCACUUUUACAUUUUUAUUAUUAUUGUUCCUUGAAAUUAGAUAGGUGAUUAAGAUUGUUCAAAGAACACUGUGAUACGAACCGAAUUAUGUAGUUCGAUAUUUUUCUUCUUUAUUUUCGCUAUGCUUACUUUUUAUUUAAGUAUCUAUCAUACAGUUGCAUGCUCUGUCAUUAUUUCUUCCUUUGUAUUCCUUCUAUACACUUAGACUAAAAUGCAUUAUUUAUAUAGCUUUAAGUUUAUCUUCUUUCUUUUCAUUUAAAUGUCUAUUUUCUUUCUUAUCGCUUUUCUUACCAA